AUGCUGUGGAGACUCACAAUCGUAGGCUUCCCGUUCAUAAUCAUCCUCUUGAUCCCUGGACUGAUGUACGGACGAGCCCUCAUCAACGUCUCGAGGAAAGUACGCGAAGAGUACAAUGAGGCUGGUUCUAUUGCCGAGCAGGCCAUCUCACUGGUGAGAACCGUUUAUGCAUUUGGUACUGAGAGGAAGAUGCUAUCGAAAUUCUCAGCUGCGCUUCAAGGCUCGGUGAAGCUAGGAGUGAGACAAGGACUAGUUAAAGGAAUUGCCCUCGGGAGCAAUGGUAUCUCUUACGCCAUUUGGGGGUUUAUGAGUUGCAAGGAAGUCGAAUGGUUAUGGACCAUGGUGCUAAAGGCGGUACUAUCUUCUCAGUCAUCGUAUGCAUCACCCUUGGUGGCACGUAAAUCACUUGGUCAAAGUUUGUCGAACCUUAAAUAUCUCUCAGAGGCGAUUGUAGCAGGGGAAAGGAUUAUGAAAAUGGUAAGAAGAGUUCCUGAUAUUGAUUCAGAAAACGCUGCAGUGGGCGGAAGCGGAUCGGGAAAAUCGACCGUGAUAUCGCUUUUGCAGAGGUUCUAUGACCCACUUGCUGGAGAGAUUCUCUUAGAUGGUGUAUCCAUACGAGAGCUGCAAGUAAAGUGGCUGAGGUCGCAAAUGGGUCUUGUUAGCCAAGAGCCAGCGUUGUUCGCCACAUCGAUAGAAGAAAACAUAUUAUUUGGUAAAGAGGACGCAUCCCUGGAUGAAGUAGUGGAAGCUGCAAUGGCCUCAAAUGCUCAUCAUUUCAUUUCUCAAUUCCCUCAUGGCAGGGGCGGAGCUAGAAUUAUUUUGCACCAGGGUCAUAUAUAA